CGCUCACACCUGUGCGUUUUUAGAAUGGCCCGCUUUGAAGACGAGCUGCCGGCCCGCUAUGGAGGCGGCUCUCCGUCGGCUGCGGGCCGCGGGCCGAACCGGCAGCAGGGCCCCCCGGGUCCUCACCGGGUUUAUAAGCAGACCAUGGCCCAGCGAGCCCGCACCAUGGCCAUCUACAACCCCAUCCCUGUUAAACAGAGCUGCCUCACUGUCAACCGCUCCCUCUUCAUCUUCAGUGAGGAUAACGUGAUUCGAAAGUACGCCAAGAGAGUAACAGAGUGGCCUCCAUUCGAGUACAUGAUCCUUGCCACCAUUAUAGCAAACUGCAUAGUACUAGCAUUGGAGCAGCAUUUACCUGCAGGCGACCAGACCCCGAUGUCAGAGAGACUGGAUGACACAGAGCCCUACUUCAUUGGCAUAUUUUGCUUCGAGGCUGGGAUUAAGAUCAUCGCUCUCGGAUUUGCUUUUCAUAAAGACUCCUACCUCCGGAACGGAUGGAAUGUCAUGGAUUUUGUUGUCGUGUUGACUGGGAUUCUGACCACUGUUGGGGCAGACUUUGAUUUACGGACGCUUAGAGCAGUACGAGUCUUACGGCCUCUUAAACUGGUUUCUGGAAUUCCCAGUCUUCAGGUGGUUCUGAAGUCCAUCAUGAAAGCCAUGGUGCCUCUGCUGCAAAUCGGCCUGCUGCUUUUCUUCGCCAUCCUCAUGUUCGCUAUCAUCGGCCUGGACUUCUACAUGGGCAAAUUCCACCGAACCUGCUUUAAAGACGGGGAGCGAGUGGGGGACUAUCCCUGUGGACAGGAAGCUCCAGCACAAACAUGUGAAAACAACUCCACCUGUGAGGAGUACUGGAUCGGCCCUAACUUUGGCAUCACUAACUUUGACAACAUCCUCUUUGCUGUGCUAACUGUCUUCCAGUGCAUCACUAUGGAGGGCUGGGUGGACAUUCUGUACAACGCCAACGACGCCUCAGGGAACACCUGGAACUGGCUGUAUUUCAUUCCACUCAUCAUUAUCGGCUCCUUCUUCAUGCUCAACCUGGUUCUGGGCGUGCUGUCAGGGGAGUUCGCUAAGGAGCGAGAGCGGGUAGAAAAAAGACAAGAGUUUCUGAAGCUGCGCAGACAGCAGCAGAUUGAACGAGAACUUACUGGAUACCUGGAGUGGAUCUGCAAAGCAGAGGAAGUCAUGCUUGCUGAGGAGGAUAAGAAUGCGGAGGAAAAGUCUCCUCUUGAUGGUGCCUGGUACAAGAGGAAAUGCAACAACCCAGUGCUGAAAAGGUCUAAGAAGAGCAAAAACGACCUCAUCAAUGCAGAAGAGGGAGAGGAUCACUUUACUGACAUCUUAUCAGCAGCACCUCAGAGCUCUCCAUUUGCCCGGGCCAGUGUGAAAAGCAGUAAAAACGAGAACUCCUCAUACUUGAGAAGGAAAGAGAAGAGGGUUCGCUUCUUCAUUCGGCGCAUGGUGAAGUCACAGGGUUUCUACUGGACUGUGCUGUGCCUGGUGGGUCUGAACACACUGUGUGUAGCUAUAGUGCACUACAACCAACCCGACUGGUUAACCAACGCACUGUAUCUGGCAGAGUUUGUAUUCUUGGGCCUGUUUUUAAUUGAGAUGAGCCUGAAGAUGUACGGCCUCGGCCCCAGGAACUACUUCCACUCCUCCUUCAACUGCUUCGACUUUGGCGUGAUAGUAGGAAGCAUCUUCGAGGUGAUCUGGGCUGCAGUGAAACCUGGAGCAUCUUUCGGCAUCAGUGUGUUACGAGCUCUGAGGCUGCUGAGGAUCUUCAAGGUUACAAAGUAUUGGAACUCUUUGCGGAACCUGGUUGUGUCUCUGCUCAAUUCCAUGAAGUCCAUCAUCAGCCUGUUGUUCCUCCUCUUCCUGUUUAUUGUGGUGUUUGCUCUGCUGGGGAUGCAGCUCUUUGGAGGACAAUUUAAUUUUGAAGAUGAAACCCCGACGACAAACUUCGACACGUUUCCAGCAGCUAUUCUGACGGUGUUCCAGGUUCUGACAGGAGAGGACUGGAACGCAGUGAUGUAUCAUGGGAUCGAGUCUCAGGGAGGAGUGAGCGGCGGGAUGUUCUCUUCUGUUUACUUCAUUGUGCUUACUCUGUUUGGAAACUACACUCUGCUUAACGUCUUCUUGGCUAUUGCUGUCGACAACCUUGCCAAUGCACAAGAACUCACUAAGGAUGAGGAGGAACAGGAGGAAGCUAUUAGCAAGAAGUUGGCCCUGCAGAAGGCUAAAGAGGUGAAGGAAGUCAGUCCCAUGUCGGCCGCAAACAUCUCUCUGGCAGCGCCCAAUGGAGGUGCACUGUCACACGGCUCCUCCAACUCCAGCUCUGAAUCGCCGAAUUAUGUCUGCUCCCCUGCCCAUCACUACUUGAGCCAGGAACAGCGUCGCUCAAUGAAGAUGAUGUCCGUUUGGGAGCAGCGCACCACACAGAUUCGCAAGCACAUGCUAGCCAGCAGCGAGGCUCUUUACAGCGAAGAACUCAACCCUCGUCUGGCUUCGAGCCAGCACCUUCGUCCUGACAUCACCACUCAUCUGGACCGGCCACUUGUUGUGGAGCCACGCUGCGACUGGGACCUGCAGGGUAAAGCAGGCACACCCGAGGACCCUAAACCUCCCGUAAACUCUGAUGCUCACACCAUGGAGCCUCCUCAGUCUCAACCACCACGUAAGCACCAUCACCGCAGACGUGAUCGGCAAAACAAUGAUGCUCAGGAGAAUGGUGAGACGGGUGUAUCGCGACACCAUGUGCACCACAGUCGCAGCAAAGACGCAGAUGGCACAAGAGCUAAGGAUGGCAAGGGGGAGCGCAGUCAUAGCCGUGAGGGCAGAGGAGAACACAGGCACCACCGCUCACACAGGGCAGGCCGAGAGGGAAACGGGGUGGUCAGUACUACUACAAAGGGCGAGAGGCGCUCGCACCAUAGAGAUGGGUCACGCUCGGCCAACAGGGACUGUGAGAGGAGCUCAAGAGGAGAGGAAGGAGGCAGUGGAGGAAGAAGGAAGCAUCGACAGCGGGCCAGCAAGGCCCAGUCUGCAGUGGAGGGUGAGGAGCAGAGGGAGAACGGGGAAAGAGAAGAGGAAAAGUCAGGACACAGGCAAACAGAUAUGGGUGGAGAUUUGCUGUCCAUUACAUCCCAGCAGCCUUCAGUGGGGAGCAGAUGGGGUCUGGAAAAACCAGAGGAUUCAGAUAACCAGCGAAAUGUCAGCCGCACAGGUGGUCUGGGUGUCCACAUCCCUGUUACCAUCACUUCUCCGCCAGGCGAGACCACUCUCAUACCAAUGAACAGUAUAGACAGUGAGACUGUACCUAUGACCGAGAAGAACCUGGAGGGAGUGAACCAGACCGGCCAUCGUCCCAUUCUCCCAUACAGCUCCAUGUUUAUCUUUGGGCCCACUAACCCGGUAAGGCGUUUGUGUCACUACAUAGUCAGUCUGCGUUACUUUGAGAUGUGUAUCCUGGUGGUUAUAGCUAUGAGCAGCUUUGCACUGGCUGCUGAAGACCCGGUGCAGGCUAACGCCCCACGAAACAAUGUGCUGAAAUAUUUGGACUACGUCUUCACUGGCGUGUUCACGUUCGAGUUGGUAAUUAAGAUGGUGGAUUUGGGUUUGCUGUUGCAUCCUGGUUCUUACUUCAGAGACCUGUGGAACAUUCUGGACUUUAUUGUGGUCAGUGGGGCUCUGGUGGCAUUCGCUUUUACAGGGACCAAAGGCAAAGACAUCAGCACCAUCAAGUCUCUCAGGGUGUUACGAGUCCUCCGACCUCUGAAGACCAUCAAACGGCUACCAAAGCUGAAGGCUGUGUUCGACUGUGUGGUAAACUCUCUAAAGAACGUGCUAAACAUCCUCAUCGUCUACAUCCUUUUCAUGUUUAUCUUUGCCGUCAUCGCAGUGCAGCUGUUUAAGGGAAAGUUCUUCUACUGCACUGAUGAGUCUAAAGGACAACCGAAGGACUGCAGAGGACAGUUCCUGGACUAUGAUAAGCAUGAGGUUUCAGCUCAGCCCAGAGAGUGGAAGAAGUACGACUUUCACUAUGAUAAUGUGCUGUGGGCUUUUCUUACCCUGUUCACCGUGUCUACUGGAGAAGGCUGGCCUACGGUUCUGAAGCACUCUGUGGACGCAACCUUUGAGGACCAGGGUCCCAGUCCAGGCUACCGUAUUGAGAUGUCCAUCUUCUACGUCGUCUACUUUGUCGUCUUCCCUUUCUUUUUCGUCAACAUCUUUGUGGCCUUGAUCAUCAUCACAUUUCAGGAGCAGGGUGAUAAAGCCUUGUCUAAGUGCAGUCUGGAGAAAAAUGAGAGAGCCUGUAUAGACUUUGCCAUCAAUGCCAAGCCGCUCACCCGCUACAUGCCACAGAACCAGCAGUCCUUCCAGUAUAGGAUGUGGAAAUUUGUGGUCUCACCACCUUUUGAGUACUCCAUCAUGAUCAUGAUUGCUCUCAAUACCGUGGUCCUCAUGAUGAAGUACUACCGAGCUCCAGAUGCUUAUGAAGCAAUGCUGAAGUAUCUCAACAUCGUCUUCACGUUUCUCUUUUCAUUGGAGUGCAUUCUGAAAAUUAUUGCUUUCGGUCCUCUUAACUACUUGAAGGACGCGUGGAACGUGUUUGACUUUGUGACAGUGUUGGGGAGCAUUACAGACAUCCUGGUCACUGAGAUUAAUGAUCGUCUGUUAAACCUAAGCUUCCUGAGGCUGUUCCGGGCAGCUCGUCUAAUCAAACUCCUCAGACAGGGCUACACCAUCCGUAUUCUGCUCUGGACCUUUGUCCAGUCUUUUAAGGCUCUGCCCUACGUUUGCCUUUUAAUCGCCAUGCUGUUUUUCAUUUAUGCCAUAAUAGGAAUGCAGGUUUUUGGAAACAUUGCACUGACUGAAGACAGCGCUAUCAAUCACCACAAUAACUUCCGUACAUUCUUCCAAGCCCUCAUGCUGCUCUUCAGGAGCGCUACAGGAGAAGCCUGGCAUGAGAUCAUGCUGUCGUGUCUGAGUCACCAGCCGUGCGAUGAACUCUCGGGGACGCAGGGAAAAGAAUGUGGCAGCGACUUCGCCUACUUUUACUUUGUCUCCUUCAUUUUCCUCUGCUCCUUUCUGAUGCUAAAUUUGUUUGUGGCUGUAAUCAUGGAUAAUUUCGAGUACCUGACGCGGGACUCCUCCAUCCUGGGUCCACAUCACCUAGACGAGUUCAUCCGUGUGUGGGCUGAGUACGACCCGGCUGCCUGUGGCCGUAUCAAGUACCGCGAUAUGUAUGAGAUGCUGCUCCACAUGUCCCCACCUUUAGGUUUGGGGAAGAAAUGUCCACCACGAAUCGCCUACAAGCGCCUGGUGAAAAUGAACAUGCCCAUCGCUGAUGACACCUCAGUACAUUUCACCUCUACGCUUAUGGCUCUGAUCCGCACCGCUUUGGAGAUCAAGCUGGCCUCAGGAAUCAUAGCACAGCGUCUGAGGGAUGCUGAAUUAAAGAAGGAGCUGACGACUGUCUGGCCAAACCUGUCUCAGAAGACCAUGGAUCUACUGGUGACACCCCACAAACCUAAUGAGCUGACCGUCGGGAAGGUUUAUGCUGCUCUCAUGAUCUUUGACUACUACAAGCAGAACCGAGCCAAAAAACUGCAGCUGCAGCAACAGCAGCACAAAGAUCAGCAGGAACCUGGAUCACAGAACAAUGUGGGCGCUCUUCUCGAGCCCAUUCUGAAUCCCAUGCAGGAGAAGAGCAGGAGCAUUUUGGACUGUCCAUCAGACCCCCAGCUUCUCAGACCCAGCUCUGCCACACUAAACAAUGGACACACCCUCCAUGAUAAUCCAAUCAAAAGCUCCUCAUCUUGGGCAGCAGAGCAGACCAAAGAGGUUAAAGGGUCAAAGAAACGACCCAUCUCCAGAGGCCAAUCAGAAGACAUGUCCAACCCAAACACUGCCCAGCAGGUGUCAGUAGAAAUGAGGAAAAUGGAGAAUAGUGCAAGCACAAUUGCACCUGCUGGUUUAGAGGGUCAAGGGCGUGCCGUGUCCAUGCCCAAACUCAAUGCAGAGAUGCAGAGAAGUCACUCACGUCAUUCACCGGGAACCUUACUACCAACGAUUCCCGACUCCCCCCUGAGGCGCUCAGCAUCCACAUUUGCCCCUCAACGCCCUCAGGAGGACCUUGUAAAUGACUACAAUCUGGAAAAACCCAAUCAGGAGCGACCGCACCACCAUCACCAUCAUCACCGCUGCCAUCACCGGAGAGACAGAGAGAAAAAGCAGAGGUCACUGGACAGAUCAUCUGGUGGCCAGCCCGCUGGCACUGGAGGCACAGCACAUGACCCAGACGGGGACCCCUCACUUCGAGAGAGAGGGCACGACCGGGGCCGUUCUCACGAGAGGAAACACCAUUCAUCCACAGCAGAGAAACAUCGCUACUAUUCAUGUGACCGCUACGGCAGCCGGGAGCACUUUCCUGCUAAACCUGCGCCAGCCAGCUGUGCCACCUCUCCUGGAGAGGGUCAGGACGACGCCUUCAACAAGCAGGGCAGUGGUUGGGCUAGAGGAAGCCCAGUGUUGUUAAGCUCGGGCUCGAGCACGCCAAGCCACGGGCGCAGGCAGCUGCCCCAGACGCCCCUGACUCCUCGCCUGGCUGUAGCCUACAGGACUGCCAACUCUUCCCCCGUGUCCUCUGCAAUGGGUACCCAGGCCACCCUACCCCCUCCGAGUCCCGUAAUGCGCAUCAGCUCCGAGCCGUUUCUUCAGUCCCAGACGGCGCUGCUGAGCUCGCAGCAGAUCAUCACCCUCCCGACACUGUCCCAGAAUGCCCUUCACAGGAUGCCCAACGGGUACCACUACAUCAUGGGCGUGCCUGCUGGGUCUGACGGUGGCAGCGACGCCACCCGGCACGCCUACCCAAAAGCGGAGGAGGAAGAAUGGUGCUAGUACGGCUUUACAAACGCAUAAAUAUAGAAACUCACUCAGACGAACACACAAGGAUCUGCUGAUGAUUUUCAGUGUGGUUUAUUUCUUUUUGAUGAGUUUUAUCAUCUGGUAUUAUGGACUGGAUCUUUCUCGUGUUUAUGUGUAAAUGCUACAUGCUUUUGUUUUGUUUUGUUUGCAGAGCGGUAAAGAGGGUAAAGAAAGAGUUCCAGUUGUUUCUUGAUGUAUUUAAUAUUAAUAUAACUGGGCUUGCU